AUGAAUCAAGCGGCGCACGCCUUGCACGAAGUAACUGUCUCUCUCGACUUCGCCAAGAAAGUUCUUCCACUUGAACCAUACGCAGGUCUUGAAUCUCCGCCGCAACUUUUGUAUCAAGAUCAAAUUGAGUGGAUCGCUGUGAGUAUACAUUCUUUAUACUUUGGCCUUCCCGCUUCCCCACAAAACCCAAUGAACUCUCACUUUCUAGUAAUACACCACUCACCUCGCCCUCCAGAAUCACGCUAGGAACAACAUACCAUCUCCUGUCGUCCUCUCGCAAGCGAAAGCCAGUACUUGGCAACAAAUGCUCGCUAACAUCGAGAUCAUUAACAGACUUCGUCAUCCGAAUGUGGACGAGGCGUAUAUCAAAUGGAGAAGUCAAGAUAUGCUUGUUAGACGUCUUUGGCCUGAUACGAAGUUUCCAGGGGUGGAUCCCGAUGAGGUUUAUGUGAGCUUUUUUUCUCGGGUGAGAUGGUUGAUAAAGCUGAUAAACGUUGAAAUAGACGCAAGUCCGCCGUAAAUACUGCAUCGCUGCCAAAAAAUUGGCUUUCGAUAAAGAACAAUAUGGUUUAGAUGAUAGUAGCGCUCUUGUAAGUCUCGCUCAUCUAUAUAUCUUUGUAUAUCCUAAUGCAAGUGUCUGACAAAUAAAAGAACUAAUGAACAAUAGAUCUAUCUAAACGAGACUUACAACAAAAAACUCACUAUAGCACGAAAGGUAAAGGUUAGUACAAAUGCUUCUCUGAUCGUCUGUGCUGGAGAAAAGGCUAAGAAGAGUAAGGAGGCUGCGCAAAAUUUUGAAGAAGAGGAUGCGUUCGUGAUUGUGGAAAUGGAUGUGGAGGGCGAUGAGGAAUGUGAUUGGGAAGGGGAUGAUUGGGAUAUGUUUUGA